CUCUCCGUCGCUCCAUUCACAAAUUCAUCUACGUGCACCGUCAGAGAGAGAGAGCGAGAGAGAGAGCUUCAUUCAUUAAAGAAAGAACAAGUUCAUUCAUAAAUGCUGCACUUAGAAAGUCGAGAGGGGAGGAAAGUUGACGAGGAAAGGGCCUCAGAGGGAUACCUUGAAGCCUCGUGACUUAAAGAUAGUCCAUGGCUAGAGUGAAGCUGAGCAGACAGGAUAUCACAUGCAGACUGUGAUAUCGUGUUCCAUCAUCAAAAUUGACAAUCAGCACACCAGAACUCCCACCAGGCAUGCUGAAGCGCACAAAAUACAGUCGUCUACACGACUCAAGAACCUCCCUGGAAGACUGGUCCCUUCGACUGGAGCUGGAUCCGCCUGUACACAACGCACCAUCCCCCCUGAGGGACUUCAUCCCCAACAUCGCAGCCCUAAGUCAUGUCUCCCAGCAGGGCUUGAGCCCUGAUAGACCUGCAAACAGGAGUGACUCUGGACUGGAUCUUAACAUGGGCCAUCCCACAAAAAGACCAAUGACCUUCCAUCGCGUUUGCAGCUUUCCCGGGACUUCAAGCUCUCUGUCUACCUGUGCUCUACACAAACAGUGCUGCUCGGUGGUCCACAGAGUCGUCCACCAUCACAUAAAGUACAUAGGCAGUGUGGAGGUGACCCAGUCCAUGAGAACCCUCGACUUUGAUACAAGGAAGCAAGUAACACGAGAGGCCAUCAACAGACUGUGUAAAAGGUUGUCGGCCAAGACCACAGUGAAAACUAAGAGUCCUGAACACAAACAGCUGUCUUUUGUUCUGGGUCGAAGCAACCUGCAGUUUUCAGGCAGGAAGGUCAUCCUCACCGUCUCCACAAACACGCUCACGCUCGUCACCGCCUCCUCCCAGAGAAUAGCCCAACACUCCAUCCAGGCAAUUUCAUUUGCAUCGGGGGGCGACCCAGACAUGGAAGACUACAUUGCGUAUGUUGCCAAAGAUUUUGACAAUCAAAGAGCUUGUCACAUCCUGGAGUGUCCUCAAGGUCGAGCAGCAGAGGUCAUCAGCAGCAUCGGUCGGGCCUUUGAGUCUCGGUUCCGACAGCUUCUCAGUCACACGCCAUCGCUCAUCUCUGCUGAUCCCAGACCAGCGGGGAGAAUCCACAACAAAUGGAUCCCAGAGGAAACUGUUAUUGAAGCAAAUGACCAAUAUGAUGACCCAGAUGAUGAUAGUGACGCAGUCAGAGGCCAUCAUCACUACGACAACGUGAUUCCAGGGAAGGCACUACCUCCUGGCGGACUCGACAAUCUGCAGGUCACAAGGAGAGAGAAGGAACAAGAUGCUGGCAAACGCUUGGGUGGUUCCUCUCCAGCUGUCUUGCUCUAUGAGAACUGCUCCAUCACACACACAGCAGAAGUUCUACCAACAGACUCAAUGGACUCUGGGAUGAAAAAGUGUGCUCUUUCCGCUGAGACACACCUCCAGAACCUGGUCCAGGAGGAAGGUUGGUUUCAUGGCAGGAUAGGAAGAAAGCAGGCUGAGUCACUUCUAACAUGUAAUGGAGAUUUCCUGGUCCGGGAGAGCAGCUCAGUUUGUGGUCAGUAUGUCCUCAGUGGGAUGGACGGAACCACCGUGCAGCACCUCCUGCUGGUGGACCCACACGGCCAGGUUCGGACUUGUGACCGAGUCUUCCUGAACGUGAAUCACCUGGUCCGGUUCCACAUGCAGAACCAGAUGCCCAUCAUGACCGGGGACAGUGAGCUUUGUCUCAAGCAGCCAAUCCUGCGGAGACACUAACACAUAAGCACACAGGCGGUCACACGGCUUCUUUUAUUAACAUUCCCACUUUUAGCCACAUGCUGCUUGUCUGAGCUGGAAAUUUUGAGGGAAAUCAUACAAAAAGUUCAACAUUUAUAUUUACCCAAUGUGGGCUUCUCAUAGUGACACCCUCCAAAAACACAUGCAUGAAAAAAUGAUUUGCCAUGACAUACCACAUAAACAGCCGCGCGGUGGUCUAGUGGUUAGCAUGUUGGCCAACUGGAGAUCGGGAAGACCUGGGUUCGAUUCUCCCUUGGGCAUUUCUGUGUGGAGUUUGCAUGUUCUCCCUGUGCGUGCGUGGGUUUUCUCCAGAUACUCCCACAUCCAAAAACAUGGUUAGGUUAGGUUAAUUGGAGACUCUAAAUUGUCCAUAGGUAUGAAUGUGAGUGUGAAUGGUUGUUUGUCUAUAUGUGCCCUGUGAUUGGCUGGCGACAAGUCCAGGGUGUACCUCGCCUGUCGCCCGAAGUCAGCUGGGAUAGACUCCAGAAUGCCCCCGCGACCCUAAAGAGGAGAAGCGGUAUAAAAUGGAUGGAUACCACAUAAACAUAUUGUUUCAAAGCAGUUGGUAUUAACACAUAUAUGUUGUUUUACGUUUGCUAAAAUUGAACUAAAAUCACAGUUUCUUUAGAUAUUUAGCGUAUUUGGUUGCAAAUUGUACAUUGCAUAUACUGAAUAUAAUUGGCACAUUACUGUAAUAAUUGGGUUUCUACAGCAAACACUUUCCACUUGGGUACAAGGUGCCUUUCUCUGUAGUUGUCACAUCCACAAGAGGUGGAAUUUCUAAGCACAAGCUGUAAUUGUUUGUUGUUUUACCAUGCCUUUUUGUAUUUUCUUUCUGUCUAGUAUGAAUUUUCUGUCCUUAUGUAUUCAACAUAAAUAUAAUUAUGUUAAACUGCACAUUUCGGAGUGGCCUUUUAUUGGAGCCAACCUAAGGCACACCUUUGCAAUAAUCAUGCUGUCUAAUCAGCAUCUUGACAUGCCACACCUCUGAGGUGGAUGAGUUAUGAAUGCUCACUAACACAGAUUUAGACAGAAUUGUGAACAAUA